CUUCCUCCAAGCCUCGCCUCGCCUCGCCUCGCCUCGCCUCGCCCCGCCCCGCCCGGCCGGCACCGACUUCUCCGCGACCCAUAGGCAGAGGCGACCCUCCCGCCUCCCAGCCCGCUCUGCGCUCGCCCCGCCUCAGCGCGCUUUAAAAGUUUCCUCGGGCCGGGACGCGGGCGUCGCGAGCCAUGGCCGUCUGCGUCGGGAUGCUGCGCGUCGGGAGGCUGUGCGCCCGGAGCCCCGGGGUGCUGGGGGCCCGGGUCGGCCCCUCCCGGGUUUGGCAGGAAGCGAGGUUGUGGGGCGUCCGUCCCCUCAGUUCCAGAGAGAUGGAUCACACCGCCCCCCUGCCCAUCGGAGGCCUCAGCUACGUCCAGGGCCACAACAGAAUGAGCCUUAUUAACGAGACCGUGGGGCAGUGCCUGGAUGCCACAGCACAGAGGUUCCCAGACCAAGAGGCCUUGGUUGUCCACCACGAAAAUAUCAGGUUGACCUUUGCCCAGCUCAAGGAGGAGGUGGACAAAGCUGCAUCUGGGCUCCUGAGUAUCGGCCUCUGCAAGGGUGACCGUCUGGGCAUGUGGGGACCCAACUCCUAUGCAUGGGUACUCAUGCAGCUGGCCACAGCCCAGGCAGGCAUCAUUCUGGUGUCUGUGAACCCAGCCUACCAGGCUAUGGAGCUGGAGUAUGCCCUCAAGAAGGUGGGCUGCAAAGCCCUUGUGUUCCCCAAGCAAUUCAAGACCCAGCAUUACUACAACAUCCUGAAGCAGAUCUGUCCAGAGGUGGAGAAGGCCCAGCCAGGGGCCUUGAAGAGUCAGAGGCUCCCAGACCUGACCACAGUCAUCUCGGUGGACGCCCCUCUGCCAGGGACGCUGCUCCUGGAUGAGGUGGUGGCAGCUGGCAGUCAAGAGCAGAACCUGGCCCAGCUCCGGCACACCCAGCAGUUCCUGUCCUGCCACGACCCCAUCAACAUCCAGUUCACCUCGGGGACAACCGGCAGCCCCAAGGGGGCCACACUCUCCCACCACAACAUUGUCAACAACUCCCACAUGAUAGGAGAGCGCCUGAGGCUGCACCAGAAGCCACCAGAGGAGACGCGGGUUGUCCUGCCCAACCCCCUGUACCACUGCCUGGGUUCCGUGGGGGGCACGAUGAUGAGCUUGAUGUACGGGGUCACCCUCAUCCUGUCCUCUCCGGUCUUUGAUGGCAAGAAGGCGCUGGAGGCCAUCAGCAGAGAGAGAGGCUCCUUCCUGUAUGGAACGCCCACAAUGUUCGUGGACAUUCUGAACCAACCAGACUUCUCCAGUUAUGACAUCUCGGCUAUGUGUGGAGGUUUGAUUGCUGGGUCCCCUGCACCCCCAGAACUGAUUCGAGCCAUCAUCCACAAGCUGAACAUGAAGGAACUGGUGGUGGCUUAUGGAACCACAGAGAACAGUCCCGUGACCUUCAUGCACUUCACCGAGGACACUGUGGAGCAGAAAGCGGAAAGUGUGGGCAGAGUCAUGCCUCACACAGAGGCCCAGAUCGUGAAUGUGGAGACGGGGACACUGGCAGAGCUGAACACACCUGGAGAGCUGUGCAUCCGAGGGUAUUGCGUCAUGCUGGGGUACUGGGGUGAGCCCCAGAAGACCGAGGAAGCAAUUGGACAGGACAAGUGGUACCGGACAGGAGACAUUGCCAUGAUGGACGAGUGGGGGUUCUGCAAGAUCGUGGGCCGCUCCAAGGAUAUGAUCAUCCGUGGGGGUGAGAAUAUCUACCCCGCUGAGCUCGAGGACUUCUUUCACACACACCCACAGGUGCAGGAAGUGCAGGUGGUGGGAGUGAAGGAUGACCGGAUGGGGGAGGAAAUCUGUGCCUGCAUUCGGCUCAAGAAAGGAGAGAAGACCACAGCAGAGGAGAUCAAGGCUUUCUGCAAAGGGAAGAUCUCCCACUUCAAGAUUCCCCGAUACGUCGUGUUUGUCACAAACUACCCCCUCACCGUCUCAGGAAAGAUCCAGAAAUUCAAACUUCGAGAGCAGAUGGAACAACAUCUAAACCUGUGAAUAAAGGCGGGGGGGUAGGAUCCUUCCUCCCUGCCCUUCCCCCACAUUCCCCUAGUCAGCUUUGUGAUUUGGCAUAAAGAGCUUCUCUGUUUA